UCAACCCACAUAGUGAGCCUCAAUUAUCUGACUUUCUCUAUUAUCUCAGAAAUUUGUUAAUUUUGGAUUAAAGCUUGAAAGAUGAUGCAGUCGCCAUGUCUCCACCUCUGCAAGACCUCUUUCACCGUCAAUCAUCGACUGGGGUUUCACUACACCCUCAAAUCCCUUUCCACACGAAAUCUUUCACUUGCCUUUAAUUUUCGAAAACUAAACUCUAAAAGUCUCACAACCCAAUGCCAGAACAAACCCCGCCACCGCCAAAAUGCAAGUCCCAGAGAGGGAGUGAAAAUAAAGGGGAAAAAGGAAAAUGUGUGGAGCAUUGACAAUGAUAUGGCGAAAUCCGCGGCGGAGAAAGAAAAGGGGAGAACCAAGCCGAGGAGGAGAGGGAGGAGAGUGGUUAGACGGAAGCGGAACAGAGAUGGCAGAAUCAUGGUCUCUGGUGCUAUGCUAAUGGAGGUUGAGACUGUUCUUCAAACUCAGGAACCUGUAAUAAGACCAGCAUGGAAUACAUUUGCAAGUAGUGUAAGUGGGAUAUGGAAGGGGGUGGGAGCAGUAUUUUCACCCAUCACUGCAGAAAUGGAACCCAUUGACAUUGGAAGCAGGAAUGAACAUUUAUAUGACUGCUAUACUCUUUCUCACAUCGAAGUCGUGUCACCCCCAUCUGAAGGACAGAUAUCGCAAAUCCAAAGGAAGAUAAAUUGGGUGAAUCCUUAUGGCGCAGUGCUGCAGCAUGUUGUAGGCAGUAAUAGAAUCAAAGAAGAAGACAAAACUGUCAAUGCGUCUUUACCUCCAAACCAAAGGGGUGAUCUUGGUACAAGUCGUAUUUUGCCUGAUUUCAAGUCUUUUGACUUUGAAAAGAGUGAUUUGCUGGAAGAAGAUGCCAUGGGCAAUGAACCAGGGCUUGUUUUCUUUGAGGAUGGAUCGUAUUCUCGGGGUCCAGUUAAUAUUCCGGUUGGUGAAGUAGAUGAUUCCAAGUAUUAUCUCACUCCAACUUCUAAAUUUGAACAAUGUUUGGUCAAAGGUUGCCACAAAAGACUCCGUAUUGUUCACACCAUAGAAUUCAAUAAUGGGGGUUCAGACAUACAGAUAGUGAGAGUUGCUGUUUAUGAAGAACAGUGGGUCAGUCCAGCAAAUAUCCAUGAUCACAGUGAUCUGGAGUUUGAUCUAAAGCCAUUUUCUCAGAGGAAACGUACCCAGCCUUCAGAGCUGACUGGGUCGUGGAAAGUUUUUGGGGUGAAUGCUACUCCAGUAUUUGGAGAUGAGAUGGCAACUGUAGAUAGCAAUAGUGCCCCAUAUGUUUACCUUUGUACAGAAACCUUGAAAAAGAGGAGCUUGCCUGAAAAUCCAAACUACUUUGGGGAGGAAGAGAUGGUAGACAUGCAAGAUGUGACUGUCCUUUGGCUGCCAGGUGGUGUCACAGGAUAUGUUGAUGUUAACAAAGAUGGUAUCCUUUGCAUUGGAGUUGGGUGGUACUCAGACGAGGGAAUCAACCUUGUCAUGGAAAGGGAUUAUGGAUUGGAUGGGAUGCUCAAGGAAGUUCGGUGGAAAUCCGAGUUGAAGAGAAGAUGGUCUGAUCUGCACCUUAUGUAAAAUUUCACUUCUUGUGUAUUGGUCUGUUAAUAUAAAGGGUUUUAUUUGUAUCCUUCGCAUUCAGGAUCUAUUACAUACAUGGUUGAGAGAUUCCAAUAGGAUCAGGGUAGCAUAGAGUUUAAUCAUUUUUAGCAUGCAAUUCCACACAUCAACCUGGCAUACUAGUUUGUAUUAUUCAAGGUUAUUAAAGAUAGUUUGACAAUGGUUUAUUCAUUAGAGCUCUUUGUAAGAGAGUUUUAUUCA